AUGGAGAAUUUCGAAAUAUUCGAAAUGUGGAGGAACGAAGUGGAAGCAUUGUCUGUAAAAUAACAGUAAAUAAGCAGUUUUUCUUUCACAUGGCGAAUAAAGAAGGGUCGUGGCGAUCCUACAAGCUGCUGUUGUCCGUGGUUGAGUCCGCUAUAGUACAAAAAAGACCCGAAGCUUAUUACGACCUUGAUGGGAUUUUGAAAAGAUUUAAAUCGGAACUUCUGUCCCCUCUGAGAAAUCCGGUCAAAAAUGCUUCUCAUCGUGCACAAGUACAACAGGCAGCAACAGUUGGUAUUUCAAUUGGCAAUAAUGGGGAGCAACAGAAGUUUCCUUCGAAGUUUGUCGAUGAGGCAUUGUUGCUCAGUGACAUUUUAAAUCUGAACGAGCUCGUUGCUGUAGAAUUACUCUUAGUAAGUGAGCAACAAAAAGCCAAUUUUCCUGGUCAGAGCAGAGGCUUAGUGGCUGUAUUGCUUUACCAUGAUGGAAGGCGCUGUCUUUUGUCUGCCAUUCGCACACUCCUUCAAGCUCGUGAAGGUUUAACUUGGACUUUGGAAUUGGAUGUUGAAAUAUCUGAUCUGAUAAGAUCAAUCACGAAGCAAAUGCUUGAUGAAGAACUUGUCACAAAAUUACUGGAUCAACUUGCCAAACUCAAUCUUCGAAGUGAGCUGAAAAAACUCCAAGAAGGUCAAGCUAUUGGCAACGAGAAGCAUCAACGACAGUUGAUCGAUCUUUUGACAGAACAACGCCUGCUUCUUGCUGAGUCAAUAUUUUGUAUUGCAUGUCAAUCACCACUCAAUAAAGCUGAUACUGUAAAGAUCCUUAAAUAUUUGCAAACUGUCCGUCCUGAUGAAGAGACAGGAGAGAUGGAUCAAGCUGACGUCAUUUUGUUUUUUGCUCUGAUCUACGCCCUCAAUGUGAGCAGUUUGGAAAGUCAAUUAGAGCUUCCUGCAGAUCAUGUUGCAGAUAAUCUGCUGCCAAUCUUACAAGAUGCCGAGUUUCUUCCCGCCAUCCACCAGGAAGUGUCGGAUUCCGAGAAAUGGUCGUGGAUUCAACUUUGUUCUGCUGUCCAGUUUGCUUGGGGGCUCACUUUGCGGCUGUGCGGUCAGUAUGCCGGCGAGUUGGUGGUCGAGGUGGACAUUUUGGCCGAAGACGAUGGCAUCGUUACAACGGCGAUUUUGAACGAUGCUUUUGAGUUUUUCAAGAAGUUUAUCGUUGGCUCCAGAGGUUUCUACGAAGAGGAAUAUUUUGUGAGGAGGCUUCAUCUACUAAUUACAGAUUUCAUUGUCAACAUGCCAUUAAAGGUGAAAGAAUUGCGUACCCUUGGAGACGAGGCUGCCCGCAUAUUGCAUGCCUGUGCUCAAGAGGGUGUCGCACCACCGGUUGGUCAGCGGCAGGACUUUGAAAAUUUCAUGAACUUGAUAAGUGAUCUGUACAAGAACGAUCCCCUUGGUCUGGAGCUCGCUGAAGAUUUUUGGAUACCGCUUGAUAGCGAGGGAUAUUCAUCAGCAUUAGGAGAUAGACAUCAAAACGCAAUGCCCAAACAGAUUGUUUUGUGUAACUUCAUUCGUGUCGCCGGUGACUUACUUCCCGCGAAUCUGUUCGUCCCCUAUCUUGGCAUGUUAACUGGCCUCGCCGGUAGUAAACAUUCGGCGCGUCGAUGCUUCUUCUUACUCAAAACAAACGGCUUGAAUGCCGCUGGCACAGUUAACGCCGUCUCAUGGGACCAUUUUUUCGACUCACUCAAACGAUAUUACAUUGAUCUGCGGCAAGAGAAUAUAGGCUUACAUCCAGGAAAUUAUCAAGUCCAGUUUUCGCCAAUGAGCAUAACUGCUGAAGAACAAAUUGGACUGGAGGCUGUUUUACGAUUAACGGCAACCGUCGCUAAAAUGGAUGAAACUGCACGAAUUGCAUUAUGCGAAAAUCCAUCAUGGGUGCCUCUCACCUCGAUGUUCGGCUUACUGGGGUGCUCAAUUCCCACGUCUUUGAAAGCGUGUAUUCUGGAAACUCUUGCUGCGUUCGCUAUGUCUCAGGAAACUACAGCGUCAAUGUGGCAGUCGUUGGAAACCUCACAGAUUCUACAAACCGUCAAACCUGCUGGACAGGCUUUACAGGAAAGUGGACUGUUGGCUGAGUUGGAGGAGAUCGAAUCGCGUAAUGAAACUUACCCAGAGACGCGAGCUUUUAUGACACUACUUGCAAAUUUGACCGCAUACCCGGUCCCUGCAAACCUCGGCGCAGGGUAUCGAGUUCCGGGCUUUGAGCCUUAUCUUGAGUUUUUGCGCGACUCCGUGUUGUUGAAAUUUAAGGCGAGAGCGUACCUGGAUCCCAACGAGAAGUGGCAAGUAGCAAGUGGCGUUUUACAAAUCUUCGUCAAAUUGCUUGAGCAGUUCGAACCCAGUGCGGAGAGCAUGUCCGAGGAGCUUAUAGAGAUCAGUAGCCGCGAACGAAUAACGACUGCAAAGACAGCUGGGUACACCUUAAUGGUCCAUAUGUUAAAUGAGACCCCGAUGCUUAAAAUGGUUCUUUCUAUUGUAAACGAGGCUUCUGAACUACUGGAACAGAUAACUGCAUUUAAAGGCAAAAAAGAAGACAUUGAGAUGAGCGCUCUGCUUUCCUUGAAAUUGGUGGAAAUUACAAUGGAAAAGCAACAAGAGUUCACUAACUGCCUACGUCAACAGAAUUCUUCUGUACUCGUGACGUCAUUGGAUCAAUUAUUGCUUGGCGUCGGUGUUCGUCCCCAUGCCACCGACUGUGUUUCCCAAAUUGCUCGAUUCAUAACACAUACACAUACGACGCCUGAACUGGCUUUGGUAGCUAUCAAGAUCCUGUAUUUAGUCUGUCAAACUUCUGCCCUGCAGCUGGAGAUUUAUAACAGACUUACGGCAGAUAAGGAACGUGCAGAAGAACUCCUUGUUGGUUUUGUUGAUCAUCUAGAUACUGUUCAGGCUGAAGAUGACAACUCGCGGAGGCUAUAUGAAAGCACAGGUCUUAUCGAGGAGAUUGCCAUUGUCAGUCAAAUUCGAGCUGGAAUCCGUCAGAAUAUUGUCAGAUUUCUUCUUUUUUGUCUAAAGUUGCGUUCUCCAAAUCUCGCACACUUCUGUUGUCUGUUGAUCACGAUUUUUCUGACAUUGCCGUUAAUGCCUCAUUUAUCCCCAGGUGUCCUCGGUACUCCUCGCACUUGCCUGCAUUCCGUAUUGGAUAUCCUUGGUGAAGGUCUUGAUACACCGCAUGGUCCUGCUGCAGUUGAAAACACCCCCCAUCUUGCCGAGCUUUGUUUCAAACUUGUUUAUGCAUUGUGCCAGAACUUGGAAACAAGCGACGCUUGUAUACGCUACCUCCGGACCAGUCAUAACUUUUUCCAAUCUCAUCUCGUUCAUCUACCCUUUGUAUUACCCGAGAAAUCCACAAAUGAAGUCAUGGAAAACAAUUUAUGCAAAAUGAAUCAACAAUCGUGGCUUUUGAAAACAAUUGCGACCGAACUAAGAAUGACGGCCCAAACGCGACAGCGUUCUCACGUGCAACAGUUACUUUCACUUUUGCUCGUAGAGCCUUCGGACACAUAUUCUCAGCGGUUUUCUGGUGGGACGUUGAGCUCUUUUGAAGAUAACGGCAUGUCGCGCAGUGUUCUAGGAAGCAAAGGUCGAAAGAUAAUGGAAUUUCUCGACUCCAUCGACUUCACCCAUGCAGUCCCUGCUCCUUCACAGUGUUUGAACUAUUUUGAGCCGGCGAUCACCGAAGCUGUAAUUACUUCAUGUGAUGAAAGCAGCGAGGACUCGCCCUUCCUGUAUACGAAUCUACGUAGACUGUACAAACGUUUAAUGAACGAACUGGAAGUUGUUCAGGGACCCGCUACAGAGGCGCAAAAAAAUAUGUUGGUUCAGGAAGUCAAACGAAUCAUGAAUUAUACGCUGGAACGCAAUCGCUAUCGCGAGGGUUUGUACUACAAACAGCAGGCAUUUGAGUCUUGGCGACAGUUGGUCGAAGUAAUUUUGGCAAGUUGUCCGCCGGAGAUAUUGAAUCGCGAGGUCAAACAGACCAUGAUCUUUGAUUUGACGAGAGAGCUUCUCUACAAGAUGUCAGAUGAGAAUUCUGCUUCGGAAUUAGUCGCCCCAGUCUCUGGAGUUGUGCUCACGUUCAUGGCUCAUCUACGUCAAUCGACUUUGCCUUCUGGUGAUGCUUUGCAUGCCGGGCCUUCCCAUAGUGCAGUGGUAUCAGGCUGGCACGAGGAUGGUGUGACGGAAGAGUUGGCUAUACCAACAGAACCUCUUCUUGGCAUAUUUCAAAGUUUAAUUCAAGUUCUGAUUCAGACAAGUGGAAGCCACCAGCGGGUGAGGGCAAAUCUUUAUGGAAGUCUGUUGUAUUAUCUUCAGAUUGGUCAAAGAAAUGACAAUCGAAGGGAAAGCAUCGAUAUGUUGCUGCUGAAGAAGAAUUACGAAAUCAUUUCCAACUUUGGCGAGGCCUUAAUGGAGAUUGUAUGCCGGGACUGCUGUGAUGGUCACGACGUUACGAGGAUGUUAUCAUGCGCUGUUGUCGAUUCAAUUACAUCUAUCGACUGGCGGAAUCGUUGGCUCAUCUUCCUGAAUACAAAAGGAUAUUUAAGGCAUUUGGUCGAAAGUCUACUCUUGGAAGAUGAGAAUCUACAGUCGGCAUUGAAUCCUAGCCCUGAACCUCUUAAAUCUCUCUACGUAUACGAAUCAAGAAUGGCUCUAUUGACAAGACUAGCACAGUCGCCUGAAGGUGCCAAAGUGCUGCUAAAUACAGGUGUAAUGUCUCGCCUUUCUGAGUGUCGCUUUAUCGACAUGCGACCCUCCGGAUCCACAAGUACAUUUUCUGAUCAUCGCCUACCUAGUUAUUCCGCUGACCGGAUGAUAUCUGCGAUGACAGCCUACCAAGAUUCGUUUGUUCCCUCCAUCAUGGAACGUUAUUUACAGCUAUUGAUACCAGCUUUGCGCAUGUCUCUUUCCCUUUUGACGUCACUUGGUCAAGAUCACCGCGAAGCUUCGAUUCAGAUUUUGCAUUUCAUCGUAUCCCACGCAGAGGUCUUCGCUGAUAUUUUGCAAGAGCAUACGGACAGAAUAACUGUGUCCUCGUUACACGAAUUGUAUCUAGUCAGCGGUAUCGUGUGCAAGGCGGGCGUGACCGAAAAUGCUAUAUUGGCAGAAGAGACUAGGUUUGAAGAUAUGAUGAAAUUGAAGGCACCGCUGUCCAGAAUACAAAGGCUCAUGCUGGCGUUGCUUCCAAAGUAUAGCGUGCGGGAAAACUGGGAUCGAAUUGUUCGGGAAGUGCUCAAUUUGGACGUCGACGAAAGAGAAGCAGCGUUCAAAGCUCUCCAAUAUAACGUUAGUGCGUUGGAGGCCUAUCAAACCCUCCAACAGAUCUACGGAAACUUGAUCACUUAUUGCAAGAAUGUUGUUGUUUCUGGGGGUUUGAGUGACUGUCAAGUUAUAUUCGCACCCCUGUUGGACGAUGUUUACACGAGAGAUAUAUAUGCAGAAAAAGGUUCCUUAGGUUCGAUAACUGUCAAUCAACAAAGACUUUCUAUUAUUGUCCGUAAUCUAAAGAUUUGUUGUGAAAAAGUUGCCAAUUGCGUUGAAUCAUACAAGCAAGCAAGUCACAAGCUCAAUAAUAUCGACGACCUCAGCAUGGACGAGUUAAAAGAGCUUGGCUCUCAAUACUCCUCGUCCGUUGACCGAAUGUCAACUCAGCAGAAACAACAGCUGGCUUUCAAAUGCCUUCGCGAGGUUGUCAAGUACCGCUCAGACGAACUCGAUAUGUACCUAUAUAUCAUUGAAAACUCCUUGUUUAUCCUGUGCAAACACCUCGAGUACUAUUAUGUGUAUUGUAUACCCUCCGAUCGCGAAGUCUCGACCCUUCAUAGCUCGUUGACUGGUAGAACUAGACCAAGGCGACUACAAGAUUAUAGACCUUAUGAAGAACUAGAGUCAACUUACGGUGAUUCAUUCAAAACAAAAUUUCAAUCUCGUACAUCGAGGGCUGACAUCGAAAAGCUUAAAUCUGAUGCUUCCACUUGUCUGACGGACGCAUUUCUAAGGAAAUUACGGGACAUUGAAAAGAAUCAUAGACAAGGGCCGUCUCGUGCAGGUUUCGUCGAUGCUUUAACAAGACGGAUUAAGCGAUUACUUGUUCUUCAUGGCCCGCAAACAGUGGAAACUUAUUAACACCGAUGACUCAAGUGAAAUUCAAGAGAAGUAGGAGGAAUUUUUAACUUGCGAUGGUUUAGUGUGUCAUACAUGUAAAUAUAUGUACUUAUAUUUGCUCGCAGAAAAGAGAAGCCCUUUUUAUACUAGGGCUUCUCUUUUAGACAUACAGAAACGUGUCAAAACUGACUUAGCAUUAUAAAACUGAGCAAGUGGUCAGUGCUUCUUUAGAACGCCAUUAAGUCGGCAGGAACUUCUUCCGGACACGCUAAUAACCUGUUAGUGCGAUUCUAAAAUACAGUAUGUACUAGUACGAUACGAGUAAAAUGGGAAAGGGCGUUUGACUUGAAAACUGUGGAGACUCCCUUUAUGAUAUACAUUGUAAGAUCUGUAGUGUAUGAAUGUUGAAGAAGGACAUUCCAAGGAAAUUUGUUCUAACUAUGCCGAAAUACAAUUGUCCUCAAAUUAUAAUCAGAACUUGUUUUCAACAAGUUUAACUGUUAAUGUUGAUGUAUCAUACGUCAUUGUGGCGAAAAUUUGUUCUAACUAUGCCGAAAUACAAUUGUCCUCAAAUUA